CCGAUCAUCAAAGCACACAGCACACGCCACGUCAUGAUUUUAAUCUUCAGGUAGCUGAGAUCCGACACACCAGACUGGAGCAAGCUCCCGAAAACAAAUGGGUAGAUGCACUUGCUGCUGACUGGGAGUAUCGUCCUCGAGCUUGCUCUAGCUUUGAAGCCUUCCGUGACUGGUUUCGUCGCUGGUUAGACUCCACCAUGGCCAUUUCUUGCGAAGUCGAUAUUAAUCACCAAGCUUUCUUCGAUGGUACUGCACACCCAGAUGGUACACAAUCGCUUUUCAUCCCGAAUAUUGAAUACCCGGUCGUGUUUCUAGAUAUGGAGGAUGAGAAAACGCGCCUUCAUCACCAUGAAACCGUGGAAGGGUACUGUCACAAUCUGGAAAUACACAUCAAAAAAGAAGCAGAGGAGGAGCAGUCCAGAAGACAGAGAGCACGCACCGUCUACCUUGAGGGCGCCAGAACGCCACCAGAACCCAAUCCAAACGUCCCCCGCGCGAACGUCUAUCUCCGCCCCGUUGAGAUAACUGAUAUCCCAGAACUGAUUAGUAUCUACAAUUGGUAUGCCCAUCAUACGACCCUGAGUGUUGAUGUCGAAGCCGUCGAUGAAGCAGAAGCUCUUCAACGUAUCGAAGAUUGUCGAAGCCAGAGAUUACCAUUCAUUGUCGCCGCCGAGUGCAGAGCUGGACCGGUCCGCGACCCUAAUGCGACUCCGGAGAGAAUCCUAGGCUACGCGCUUGCUACUGACACUCUCGGACAAAGGAGCACAGGUAGAUUCACUGUGGAACUGGAGCUCUUCGUCAGGAACGAAUUCCAGCGCCGGGGCAUUGGAAGAUGUCUCAUGGACAAACUUUUAGAAGUGUGUGACGCAACUCACAUCCCAAAACGGGGUUAUUUCUUCCGUAACAAUGCAGAAGAGGAGACUGGUUAUGAUUCUGGGGGUCGUCGCAGAUUGGCCCGCCUUUUGUUCACUAUCAGCUACCCAAAUGACGACCGCUAUCGCUACCAAUGGGUCCAGGAAUGGCUUGAGAGAGAAUAUCAAUUCAAACAGCAAGGCUUACUCAAAGGAGCCCGGAUAAAGUUUGAGACGUUCCUCGAUGUCAGCUAUCUUGUUCGAAAUGUCGGAUACAGCGAGGGCGGUUCGUCAAAGGUUAGGUUCUAAGGUAUCAAAGACGACUUGCCAUUAUCUUAAGUGACUUGCACCACACCAGUCCUGCUUAUCGCAAUUGUUCAGCAAAAGUUUCUCUUUACUUGGUUUACACACAUCAUCACUCGAUUCAAUCUCAAAGGCAGAUAUCCAUUUUCAUUUGGACUCUUCGACGCCUGAUUUUCACUUUGUCAACGAAGACAAAUUGACAUCCAAAUUUGAGAUGAAAUGAGAUUCGAUCAGUUUAUGGUUUGCAUGCUUUGACUUCUUUACACGGAAAAAAAUGCGGGGGAAAAGGACCGAAAAGAAAAGAAAGAAAGAAAAAAAUAUCAUUUCCACUCGAUCAUUUUUGUCAUUUAGUUAUUGUUUUAGCUUUACAAAGGAUAAAAAAGAAUUAAAC